CUGAGGUCAGUCUGUUGGUUUGGCCCUCAAAAAAUGUUCCAGUGUAUCAUGAUGAUGUGGCCACUUGAUGUGGACAAUGAAUUGGCCAAUGCUGGUGUAAUGAUAGAGUAUCUGGCAACCUGGGGAAGGGGGCGUGUUUGUUUACAUUUCUUGUGCGCCAUGCCCGUCGACGUGAUGACGUGCAAGGUGCGAAAUCCGGUGGAAGUCGGAAGGGAAGCGGUGGAGGAUUCUCAGCAGAUCUGAGAUAUAAAAUGGUGAGAGCGGUGAGGAGGAGCUGCUGCAGCGCUGAGGGUAUCUCUGAAUCCUUCUAAAACAUGGAGAAAAUGGAGGCAAACUCUUUGCAUGCUGAGUUCAGUGGCUUCAAUUUCAUAAUUUCUAUAGUUGAAUCAUUAUAGCUAAUGGAGGCGCAGUUUUGCAUGUUUUGAAGAACCUCUUGAACCUGAAUCUGGUAGAACAUGGAGAACGAGGCCAACUCCUUCCAUGUUGAGUUCCCAGACUUCUCCUGCUCCCUUCUUAAGAAGCUCAACCAGCAGCGUCAGAGGGGGCAGUUGUGUGACCUCAUUGUGUCUUUAGGUGGACACCAGUUCCGGGCCCACCGGGCUGUGCUGGCAGCCAGUUCCCCUUAUUUCUGUGACCAAGUGCUACUAAAGAACAGUGCCAGAGUGGUUCUGCCUGAUGUCAUGCAUCCAUGUGUGUUUGAGAGGCUUCUCCUUUCCUGUUACACAGGUGCUCUCUCUGUGCCGUCCGGUGAGGUGGUGGCCUUCCUGACUGCUGCUAGCUUUCUGCAAAUGUGGCACGUGGUGGACAAGUGCACUGAAUUGCUGGAAGUGGGGAAUAAAGGAGGGGGUGGGAGUUUUGAACCGGGCUCAUCACCUAGAGAUGAUAGCUAUUGCUUAGAUAACGACGAGGAUGGAGAUUUCGAGGGAGGAGGUGAAACAGAUGCCCACAAAGAAGAACUGGGAAUAGAAGAUCUUCUGGAGGAUGGGGUCUCUAUCCCUGCAGCAGGUACAGGCACCUCUCAGAGCACAAGUUGUUCUCCUCACGAAAGAUCGAGCAGUGAAAGUGGGGAGCCAGACACUGCUGAUGUUCAAAGGUCUAGGUCUGCUUAUGUCCCGCCCAGCAUCAUGGGUCACAGAAAGAGGGUGCAUGUAAAGUCUGAGAGGCAAAGUCGGGAAGAUUGCAGCGGCCUUUUCGGCACUGACUCGCAUCCUCCCUCUGACACAGAUCAGACCAGCCACCCAGCAGAGGCCAUGGACGACAGUUUAGAGGAGAAGCUGGCAUCCCGCUUCGAGGACAACAUGGACGGAGACUGCCACUAUGAAGACCCUCUGGAUUUCUACGGCACCUCCAUCGCAGGAUUCUCACAGGACGGUGACGAAGGCUCUCCCGCUCUGUCGAAAGAUGAGCUGCAGCCGGACGCAAGCACAGGUACAGUUAAAGGCGAGGAAGAUAGCUCCCAGGGCGGCGAAGACACGAAAGAGCAGACCACCCACUCAGGGUUCGCAUCUGUGGUGUACAAGCUCUACCCAUGUCAGUGUGGCAAGAGCUUCACCCACAAGAGCCAGAGAGAUCGGCACAUGAGCAUGCACUUAGGCCUGCGCCCUUUCGGCUGCGCUGUCUGCGGCAAGAGCUUCAAGAUGAAGCACCAUCUGGUGGGCCACAUGAAGAUCCACACAGGCAUCAAGCCGUACGAGUGCAACCUCUGUUCCAAACGUUUCAUGUGGAGGGACAGCUUCAACCGCCACACCUCUACUUGUGCCAAGUCCCACCAGAGCCGUCGGAGCAGAGCGGAGCAUUCCUCUUAGUUAGUCUGUUGCUGCAGAAUACUAUGGGAAGACGCCUGGAGAGUGUUUAGCGCUACCAAGAAAGUGUGGUAAUCUGUCAUUUUCUUCAAAGCAGGGGUGUUUACUAGGGAUGCACAAUGCUAUUGGGUUUAUAUCAGUAACGACAGGUAAUUGCUUAAAAUCGCCAUGGUGCUGUGAUUAAGUACAGUCUGACAGUAUAUAGACAACAGUAAACUGUAAAUUCCUUGUCAUUGGAGCAGGGAUGGAAAUUUAGUUUAUGUACAGUAUGUGCAACAGUAUUGUCAUCCCUUAAAAAAAACACUGACCAACUUUUCAUAUCAGAAAGUGUAGUUAAUUCUAUUUAAUUGGAAGGGAUAGAAAAACAGUGGAGUUAUUACAAACGUUUCCUGUUUUGUGCAUCCCUAGCAGUCACUCCUGAUUCUGGAGGUCAGUUAAACACUCAAACCUACUUUAACUGACCUGUUCAUUGCCAGGUUUAGUGCAUAGCGCUAUGUCUUUGGCCAUUCAGGACAGAGAGUCAGUAAACCUCUUUUAGAAGACAGCAAAAGCCCCCCUAGAUCUGUGUCUGAAACUGUGCCCUGUUCACUAUAUAGUGCACUUUUUUUGGGAUUCAGCCAUUUUGUAGUAGUGUAAUAUCCAUAAUCCGUAUUUGUUAUUUAGUUUGAAGAUUAGAUUUCAGCUUAUGUAAGGAAGACUGAUGUUCAGGUGAGCUCACACGCGUAGCGUUUGAUUCUGGUCCCUGUAAUAAUGCUCUAUAUACAGAUCUGGAAAAAAUACAGAGAUCACUCCAGUUUCUCUGAUUUUGCUACUUAUAGGUAGAUUUUUGAGAAAGUGAACAUGCUUGUUUUAUUCUAUAAACUACGGACAAAAUUUCUCCCAAAUUUCAAAUACAAAUAUUGUCAUUUUUAACAUUUAUUUUCAGAAAAUACAAAAUGUCCGAAAUAACAAAAAAAAUAUUCAGAGCUCAAAUAAUGAAAAGAAAAUAAGUUCAUAUUCAUACAUUUUCAGAGUUCAGAAAUCAAUAUUUAGUGGAAUAACUCUGGUUUUUUAAUCACAGUUUUCAUGCAUCUUGGCAUGUUCUCCUCCACCAGUCUUACACACUGCUUUUGGAUAACUUUAUGACACUCCAGGUGCAAAGAUUUAAGCAGUUCAGCUUGGUUUGAUGGAUUGUGGUCCAGAGGUUUUUAAUUUGAUAAAAUCAAAGAAACUCAUCAUUUUUAAGUCUUGUUUUUACUCUUAUUUUUUCCAGAGCUGUAGUUUGGGCUUGGUGAUAAAAGUGUGAUUGUAGUGCAACGUAAGACUAUAGUGACGACAGUUUAAUAUAUAUGGCAAUAGGAAAGAGAAAAGGACAGAAGUAGUGCAGACAGGGUGAAUGGGGCACACAGUAGUUUUGGACACAGUCUAGGUUUUCACUCAGUGCUGCUGAAUGAUGGAGAAGCUGAAGGGGUCUGAAGCACAUAGAUGUUCAGGUAUUCCCAAGACCAUGUAUUUCUCUCAGAUGAAAAUGUAUCAUAGCAACCAUGUCAAUAUUUCAAAAUAGAUUUUUUUUUUUUAAAUUAAUUUUAAAUGUGUUUUCAGACGUAGCCUUUAAAAGCAUUUUCAGGACCCUUAAAUAAGGUCACAGAAGUUUGACUGAGCAAUGAUUAGAUAAUUUUGGCCUUAUUAAGGCUGGAACUGCCAUCACUGGCUUAAAGACCCUUGCAGUUUUCUGUAGUCUGUUUGGGAGGUGCCAUAGUGUGCUUUAUACAGCACGGGGAGAUAUAAAAUAGAUAAAUGUUUGAUUCAUUUUAUACACUGAAAUAUCUACUAUACGCUUGUCAGGGUCAUUUGGAAUUUGUAUUGAGGAAAGAAAAGAAAAAAGAAAUUCUACUGGCUAUUGAUAAUUCUGUAUGCAGCAGUAAGGUUUUACCACCAUGUUGGUUUUGUAAAUUGUGCCAUUGUAAUAAAUUGUAACAUAUAUUUUAGGAAAUGUUUCUGGAUGUAAGAAAGCACUAUAGGAAUAGUUUCUACAUCCUCACUCUUACUGAAAAAGCAAACCUCAGAAAAGGUGUUGGUUAAGAAUUAACACCAGAACAGGGAAAGGCAUUUUGUAAAGGGCUGUAAUGUAACUAGAGUAGGAGCUGAAUAUUUGCAUGUACUGUUAUUUAAUGGGCCUGUUGUAAAGUGAGCUUCAGCAUCGUUGAAUUAAUGGCUUGAGUGAGUCUAGUUGUGUGUUCGUAAGAAGCACCGAUGCUUGUGAUACAAAUGAUAUCGCACUGUCAAUGGACUUUUUUUCCCUUUUAGCUUUUUAAAAAUUAUACCUGAACAGACAUCAUGCUGCUGCUGAUGCUUAGUAGACUCAGUAGUAUAAACAGCACUGUGAUUACUGUUAUCAGUAAUCAGAACUGUGCACUUGUGCAUUCGUUGGUCAGAAGAAAACAUCCCAUUAUUAGUUGAACUUUUUUAUUAACUAUUAGUCUUUUGGGAAAAUAACCAGUUGGGUAACCUUAAAGGACAAGUUCAGCUAAAAAAAUCAAAAGAACAUGAUGUCUGACAUAUCCCAAUCAGUCAUGUCUAAUAUAUAUAUAUAUAUAUAUAUAUAUAUAUUACAGUAGUAGAUGCUAAGCUAAGAAACACUGGAUUUAUGCUGCAUUCAAUUUACCUCAAAAUUCAGUUAGCUAAAGACUUUGGAGUUUGACAAUCUUUUACUAAUGUUUUAGGGCAAAUCCAACCAAUAUAGCCAACCAAUAUAUGUCCCAGAUUAUCACUGUUAGCAUUGCUUUAGGUUAGCAUAGUUAGCGAUACUGCUUUUUGUGCACCAAAAUACCUCUGAAACAUGUCCACAGACAGAAGUUAAGCUAAUAAACUGUACUGUAAUAACAGUACUGCUUUUAUUAAUGGUGAUAUGUAGGCCAGCCAUUUUGAGUUCAUAGCUGAGUACUAAAUCUCACUUGUGAGUGAGUUCCAGUUGAAAUUUCCUACAUGACACUUUAAGUUUAAUUAAACACCGCAUUGCAUAUAUUCAUUAAUAAAAUAAAAUCUUAAUUCAUUUAUAAACCUUUUAAUGAUUUAUGUGGGAACUGUUGUUUAGAUAGACUCAAGUACCAUAUUUUUGGGACUAUAAGGUGCACUGUAUUGUAAGGCACAUUUUAAGCGCACUAGUAAAAAACAAGGGUGUCACCAUGUUACCUAAUUCAGCAGUUCUCGCUGUAGGGGGGCGCGCCUAGGUAAACAAAAACUGUAAUUCUUAUUUAAAAAAAAAACAUUUUCUUUCAAAGCCAAAUGAGCGCUGGAUGUUAAUCUACACAUUUUCGCUCCUGAAAACUGUUUAUUUGGUCAGUAAAGUGCUUUCGUUUAUGUACAAUGAUCUUAGAUUUCCAAUAUUUGAGUGCGGUUAGCAGCAGUGCUAAUCGUGGUUAGCGCUUAGCGCUAGUAAAUGCUACCCGACAGCACUACACUGAGGAACCCUGAGUGUUCCUGUAAGCCAGGGGCGCGGUCGGCUAGCGGUUUGUCCCAUGUAGCUUGUUUUAACAUGGUAAACAUGCAAACUAGUCUGAUAUACUCACUUCUAGCACUGCGUUUAGCGGCUAGUGCUAAUAUUGCUAAGUGCUGGAGAAAAACUUUACUGAAACUCCUGUAUACCGCUGUACUUCAGCAAAGUGGCUGUACUGCUCUUUACAACCUGACUGAUGGUGUUUAUACGUAAGGCACACUGUAGAUUUUUGGGAAAAUGAAAGGAUUUUAAAGUGUGCCGUAAAAAUUCCAGAGUAGGUCCAAAAAAAUGGAAGUCCAGUGUUUGUUAGCAAAGUUAGCAUAGCACCUCUAAUCUUGACAGUUUAUAAACAUCCAGGUUUACUAAUUCAUCAUGUUCAUUUGAUAUUUUCUAGAACAAUUCCUUUAACCCCACCUUUACUCCAGGGAUGAUGUUCUUUCAACUGCCGAAUGUUGGAAAAUUAUAAUAAUAAUAAUUAUAAGUUAAUAAUAACUAACAUAAAACCUUGAUUUACCAACAGAACCUCAGAUUUGUAUUUAUAGUUUUCACACGGAUAAAAUGUGAAGGCAUGAACUGUAUAUUGGUAGUUAUUGCAGUCCUAGUUAGAAUUACGGUAAACUGUAGGCCAGCAUUGUAGUAUGGAAUAUUUUGGAAUAUCUUGCCACAAAAUACUGAACAUUUUCACCUCAUCAUCACACAUUUUGAUGUAAAUACUAUUCUCAUGGGAUCUUCAUGAAUGUGUGCUCAUGUGGUUUUACAGUACAGGCCUCAAGGACAGCAAGCAUAAGACAAUCAUGUAGGGGUGAAACAGAUUAAAUGACCCGGAGUAAACGGGGUCUAAAUACGUGUGGCUAAAAUCUUAUUAGGAUACAAUCCAGAUACUGGUCACAUGAAGUGACCGGGUGUAAAUGGGGUCAGCGGUCAAGUAUUCUCUGCAUCUUUCUUAUCUAAAAUGAUAAACCCUCUCUUGAGCUGUAGAAAUCUAAUUUCUGAAAAUCUUUUGAAUAAAUGGUUAUUGUCAACUUUCUUUUUUCACAAAUGAGUAUUACUACAUAUCACUUUAAAAAAUGUGGCUAUCAAGUCAGUGGGACACGAUGUCUUGUUGAUCAGUGAAUCUGGGCCUGAUGGAAUCUUUGCUGUCCACAUAUUAACCAGGUUGUCUUAAGAGACUGCUCGGGAAUCCUCACAUUUACUGUCUCCCAGUUGAUUACUACCUCAGGAGCAUUAUCAUGUGGUAGACCUGUUGAUCAGAGCUGGCUUUCCCAGAAGCAUGUUAGCACACUGAACACACACACACACACACACACACUCUCUCUCUCUUUAGCAGGUAAGACGAACUUAUGACUAAGGUGCUUCUGGGAAACUGGGCCCAGAACAGUCACUCAGAGAUUUUCUUUCAGGAGUAUCCCUUGCCUUUUGUUUUUUUUUUAACAUUGUUGUGUCGUUUUCUUCUUAUAGAAGAACUUUGUGAGAGGUUUGUACAAAGACGUGUUGAGCAAUAAACGUUUUAUUACUA